UGAUUCUUGAAUCGAGCGUUAUGGCGGCUUGAUACAAGUCACUUAUACCGUGGCCAGAAAAGUCAUUCAAACGGAAGUUUCCUGAAAUAUUGAAACCAACGAACCCUAAUAACGACCAUUAACAAUUUUCAUACGCUGAUGAACAACUGAAUUCUCUCUUUCAUUCAUGGCUUCCGUUCGCAGGCUCGUUCCGCUUCGUGCUUCAUUUCUGUGGGCUAACUUUCCUGCUUCUGGAUUUCGACAAGGGUUUGGGGAAGGUGGUUUUAGGCAAAUUGCGACUAUAUCUUCUGAUCCAAGUGUAAGGAACCUGGUGGAAGAAGAACGUGUACCUGAUGUUGGUUGGUUGGAUUCUCAUGAUGAGGUGGCUAAAGUUCGGGAAAAGUUCAACUUGGCCAAGCAGAGGUUUCUUAAUAUUCCUGAUGCUUUGGAGAGAAUGCCUAAAAUGAACCCCAAAGGUAUAUAUGUUAAUAAGAACCUUAGAUUGGAUAGCAUACAAGUUUAUGGGUUUGACUAUGACUAUACCUUGGCACAUUACUCUCCUAGCUUACAGAAUUUGAUCUAUGAUUUGGCAAAACAACACUUAGUAAAUGAGCUUAGAUAUCCAGAUGGUUGCUUGGCAUCUAAAUAUGACCAGAGUUUUCCAAUUAGAGGUCUGUAUUAUGACAAGUUAAAAGGGUGCCUUUUGAAGCUAGAUUUCUUUGGAUCAAUUGAGCCAGAUGGAUGCUACUUUGGUCGGCGCAAGCUUAGUCGGAAGGAAAUCGAAGAGCUCUAUGGAACACGGCAUAUUGGCCGUGAUCAAGCACGGGGACUUGUAGGUUUGAUGGACUUCUUUUGCUUUAGCGAGGUAUGCCUUAUUGCAGAUAUUGUGCAAUACUUUGUUGAUGCUAAGUUGGAAUUCGAUGCUUCUUACAUAUAUCAAGAUGUACAUCGUGCGAUUCAGCAUGUUCACCGAAGUGGCUUGGUUCAUAGAGGAGUUCUUUCUGAUCCCCAUAGAUACCUAGUUAAAAAUGGGGAGUUUCUAUCUUUUCUCAAAAUGCUGAAGGAGAACGGGAAGAAACUUUUCUUAAUGACCAAUUCUCCAUAUUAUUUUGUUGAUGGAGGGAUGCGCUACAUGUUGGAGGAUUCUUUGGGUUGUGGAGAUUCCUGGAGGGAACUUUUUGAAGUUGUGAUUGCCAAAGCAAAUAAGCCUGACUUCUACACAUCUGAGCAUCCAUUCCGUUGCUAUGAUGUAGAGAAGGACAACCUAGCCUUCUCGAAAGUGGAUGAGUUUCUUCCAAAUAAAAUUUACUACCACGGAUGCCUUAAAACCUUCUUACAAAUUACCAAAUGGAAUGGUCCAGAGGUGAUAUACUUUGGGGAUCACCUAUUCAGUGAUCUGAGAGGCCCUUCAAAAGCUGGCUGGCGUACUGCUGCAAUUAUCCAUGAGCUAGAACAUGAGAUAAAGAUACAGAAUGAAGAUGGUUACCGUUUUGCACAGGCGAAGUUCCAUAUCAUACAAGAACUUUUGGGCAAAUUACAUUCAACUGUAUCUAGUAGUUAUUCAUGUGAUGCUUUCAAGUCCCUGUUGGGUGAACUAAACGACGAGAGACAGAAUGCACGGCGCACGAUGAGAAAUAUGUUCAAUGAAUCUUUUGGGGCUACGUUCCUGACGGACACUGGCCAAGAAUCAGCUUUUGCUUAUCACAUACAUCAGUAUGCAGAUGUGUACACCAGUAAGCCGGAGAACUUUAUGUUCUAUCAACCUGAGGCAUGGCUUCAUGUACCAUAUGAUAUUAAGAUCAUGCCACACCAUUUGAAGGUUUCGUCAGGCUUGUUCGAGAGUUGAUGUAUGGCUGGGUGUAGUGAGGGAAUAUAAAGAAGAAAACACAAAUGGUGGGUGUAAAGCUGUAGGUGGGGGUGACAAAUUUUGGGAGGUUUGGAUCUGUAUAGCUAUUAAUUCAUUUAAUGAUUCAUUGAUUUUGUGAAAGUAGCAUAAUAUGGCAAACAACAUAUCCCGUCCUUCCAUUUUCUCACUAUUUUUUCUUCCUCAAGGAUAUGUCAAAUAAUUCGACAUGUUCCCAAAUAGUAAAACAUGUCUUCUCACAAACACGUAUUACUGAUUUACUGUUAACAUCAAUAAAGAUUUAGAAGAC